AGAAGAUUGGAGAUCUCUUCGACAACGAAUUAACCAAAUCAGGACGAAAAUGCACGGAUGAGCAGUACUGGUACUUUCAAGAUUCUGUUUUUCGAGUUCUAUGCAAGAGGGGUCUUUCGGACUUUUUAGUUCAAUAAGCAAUGAUGCUCCCAUACGUCAAACCUGUACCGAAUCCUUCCGAUACGGAGAGACCCAUUUCCCUCCCAAAACUUUUUUUUUUCUCUGUUUAACGAGCUUCCAAGUGAAAGUGCUCCAUUAACGAGGCAGUUAAUGUAAAACUUCUCUCUCCUCUGAACCUUUUGGCCCUUUUCUCAAUUUUUUCUUGAUCGAUGGACAGAAGAGAGAGUAGCAGAAGCGUGGGUUUUAAUCAGUCAGUGUGUAUACACAGUAACUGCUCGCUGGCAUGGGCCAUGGGUUGGUGUCAGAUUUCAGCUUUUUCACUGCUUUCUAUCAAUCGCUGUUUCGCUCUCUCUACCUACACUAAAAACCCAUUUUCUCUCUCUCUCCUCUAGGCUCUAAUAGUAGUAACAGUCGCAUUCAGAGUAAAGUUGUACGAUGACCCACAACAUCCUCAUGAAGGGGCUCUAGAUAUCACGCAUGGAAAUGGGUUCGGGCUAUAUGACCGAGUCUGGAGGGUCAUCCACUUCCUCGCCCCCAAACUCAUCUACUGAGUCGCUGAACGGCUUGAAAUUUGGUAAGAAAAUCUAUUUUGAGGAUGCGGGUGCCGGGGCUCCGUCCAAGGCUGGAACUGGGUCGUCCUCGGGGUCGGGUAAUACGGCCCGGAAAGGCAGGGGUGGUGGUGCAGUGCAAGGUGGGCAGCCACCCAGAUGCCAGGUUGAGGGCUGUAUGGUCGAUCUCAGUGAUGCUAAGGCUUACUAUUCAAGGCAUAAAGUCUGCGGAAUGCACUCCAAAUCUCCCAAGGUUAUUGUUGCUGGACUUGAGCAGAGGUUCUGUCAGCAGUGUAGCCGAUUUCAUCUACUCCCAGAAUUUGACCAAGGAAAACGAAGUUGCCGCAGGCGCCUAGCUGGACAUAAUGAACGUCGAAGAAAGCCUCCACCUGGAUCGUUAUUGGCAUCUCGUUAUGGACGAUUUUCUUCCUCCAUCUUUGAGAGCGGCAGCAGAGGUGGAAGCUUUCUCGUCGACUUUAGUGCAUACCCAAGGCUUUCAGGUCGGGAUGCAUGGCCGACCUUGAGAUCUUCUGAGCCUGUGCCUGGCAAUCAAAGGACUGUCUCAGGAAGGUCUACUCCACAUGCAUGGCAGAACAACUCUCAGGAUCCUCCAUCUGACCUUCUCGUUCAAAGUUCUUUAGUUGAAACUGGUUUUUCCAGCCCUGGAAUCUCCAGUGGUGGACGAUUUAACGGAGUUACUGAUGCAAGCUGUGCUCUCUCUCUUCUGUCAAAUCAACAAUGGGGCUCUAGGAACAGAGCUCCAGAUAUCAGCGUGAACGACUUGGUGAAUGCUGAAGGUGCACCCUUUACUCAAUCAACAUCUGUUGUUGCAGCAAACGACUCCUUCCCGAACAUCUCAUGGGGUUUCAAGGUCAAUGAAGGUAGCAGCUCGCACGAUAUGUGCUCUGAUCUGGGGUUGGGUCAAAUUUCACAGGGUCUCAACAGCCAGUUUCCCGUUGAUCCGGAGUUGUCUCAACAUGGUAGGAGACACUACUCUGAUCUUGAGGAUUCAAGGGCUUACGACAACUCCGCUCCGCACAUGCACUGGUCACUCUAGGAUCUAGGUGCCUCCUUUUGUUAUCACUAGCACCUUAGUUUAAAUAAACAAGCUCGGAAUGGAAUAUUCAGGCAAAACUUGUGCCUUUGUUGGGCUUUACCCAAACAAAGCUGUUGUUUUUGUGUUUCCUACUUUAAAAAGAAACUUAUGAGCAAGGGUUGGCCUUGGCUUGU